AACAGUACGCAACCCACCGGCGCAAAGCCACAGAAGAAAGAGAAAAAAGGGGGAAAAAGACCGUCGAAAUCUGGAAAAAAAAGAGAAUUCUUACAGCGAAAUCCCAUUGGCCAUGUUGUCCGAACCGAAGCCGUCUCGUUCCGUGCUCUCUCUCUUCCGUCCUUUUAACUUUUGUAAUCUCGUCAUGGCGGAAACGGGAAUGGAUCGGGGCUUCUACGGUCUUUGAGCAAGGGUUCUAGGGGCGGUGAGGGAGAGGCAACGAGUAGGGGAAGGGAUCGAUGAGCGGCUCGGAGGCCAUGGAUCUCGAGAAGGUGGAGUUUUCCAACGAGGGGAAGGGGACUGCGGCCGCCUCCUGCUCGAUUUGCCUGGAGCUCGUGCUGAAUCGGGGUGACAGAUCGACCGCCAGGCUCCAAUGCGGGCAUGUAUUCCAUCUAGAUUGCAUUGGCUCAGCAUUUAAUGCAAAGGGGGCAAUGCAGUGCCCAAAUUGUCGGAAAGUUGAGAAAGGUCGAUGGCUUUAUGCAAAUGGACACCGCUCUUCUGCUGAUUUUGAUAUUGAUGGCUGGGUUACUGAAGACAUCUAUGAUCUUGGCUAUUCUGAGCUGCCGUUUGGAUUUCAGUGGUGUCCUUUCCGUGGGUUUACGCAACUUGCAUCAUUAUUCGAGGAAGGAGAACCCCAGCCAAGCUCUUAUCAUGAGUUAAUGGGCAACUCAGCAUAUGGAGACCAUUCAAGUGCUUCAAGUAGUUCUCAUGCGUGCCCAUACUUGGCCAUGCAUGGGUUUCCUCAUGCUACACAUGCUGCACCUUCAAAUUCUUCUGACUCUCUUCCGGACAAUGGUCCAUUUCAUCGACAUCCAACUAGCUUGGGAGGACAAUCAUCGGCUGAUAUGAUCAACUCCCACAGUUUUCCUGCAACUGAGCCACAAAACCACAACUGGCAGCAACAGCAUUCCUUUUCAUUUCCUUUGCCUGGAAAUGGCGAUCAGUCUGCAUCUCAGUUUGGUUUGAGGUUAUCUAGAAAUGAUACCGGCAGCCAGCAGAGAUUAGGAUCAUUUGUGCAUCCCCACCCUCUUAUGCAUGGAUACUACUCUCUUAACUAUUGCAGGUCUGUUGCACGCAGUGGAAACAAUUUAGUCACAUCACUAGGACCACCAGUUAUAGGGGAGGUUAGGGGUCAUAGUCGGGGUCUUGGCAGUCACAUCUAUCUUCAGUCUGUAUCUUCUUCGUCGCUGCAAACCUCUCCCUUUGCUCCGAUCAGGAGAAUGAGGCCAAGGGGUUUAACUCUAAUUUCUUCAGUCGCAUCCUCUUCCUCAGCUGAAAUUGGCGGUUUCUAUGGCUUCUCUGUAUCUGGAUCUAUAAGCAGGAAUCAUCAAGAAGGUGAGAACAUCGGCAGACCUAUCGACCGGUUUUAUGGAUGGGGUAGAGAGGGUUUCUCGCCGCUACCCUGGAUCCCAGUUGAGGGUGAAUCCCAGUGGUGGAGUCCUUUUAAUCCUAAUCAGAAUCCUCAGCCAGGAAGCUUCGCUCAGAGAGCAGCUGCUUCUGAAAGGGUCCCACAGAGCCAUCCUGAGAAUGGGUAUCAGCACAUGCCCCCUCCUCGAAUGCCACCAUACAUCUGAGGAGUGCUGCUGCUUAAGAUGCUUAAAGAUUGAACUUUGUUUUUUCGUUUUGUAUAUCACCCAUAUCGCAUAAAACUUCCUGUUUUGGACGAGGGAACUGUGGAUGUGGCAGUUCUGUAUGGGAUUUGAAAUUGCGGACGGUGGUGCUACUAGGAUGUUUCCUAUGGUUUUAUCUUUAGUAGCCCUGACUCUGGCGGUGGGCUGUGCUUUUUCUGUUUAGUCUGCUCUUGAACAUUAUAUAUAAAAGCGGAAAUAGAGAUGGAAACUAGGGCAUAGGUGUUGUUUCUAUGUUAUUUAUAUGAACCUGCUCUUA